UAAUUCCAAGCUGAGGCACCACGCUGGCUCUUGCCUGGGGUUCUCAGGAGGGGAGAGUUGAGAGAGGCUUUGCUGCUGAGGAAAUUUAUUUGAUAGAUUGAAGGUUUGAACAGGAGCUACAAAAGCGAAAGGGAAAAAUCCAUAUAAGCCAAUGGUGUCCGGGAAGAAAAUAAGCCCAUUGCCUUGAGUUUGUAGGUGCCACUACUACUCUGGGAAAAUGGCAGAUGACGAAGAAUAUGAGGAGGUGGUGGAGUACUACACAGAAGAAAUAGUCUAUGAGCAGGUGCCAGGGGAGACAAUAACAGAAAUCUAUGAAACCACGACGACGACAACACCUGCCUAUGGACAAUCAGAAACUUACAAACCAGCUGUGGCACAGCCAGUACCGGCAAAGCCAGAGCAGAGGAAGAAGGUUAUCCGGAAGAAAGUGGAUUCUUCAAAGUUCAUGACCCCCUACAUCGAACACAGUCAGAAAAUGCAAAAUCUAUUUAGCCCAAACAAAUACAAGGAGAACUAUGAGAAAGCAAAAGGACAGUCUUAUGCCAUCACUACCGAUACCCCAGAACUUCGCAGAAUCAAGAAAGUACAAGAUCAACUCAGUGAGGUUAAGUAUCGAACGGAUGGUGAUGUCGCUAAAACUAUCUGUCAUGUAGAUGAAAAAGCAAAAGACAUUGAGCACGCCAAGAAAGUGUCGCAGCAAGUCAGUAAGGUUUUAUACAAGCAGAACUGGGAAGACACCAAGGAUAAGUACCUGCUUCCCCCUGAUGCCCCUGAACUUGUCCAGGCCAUUAAGAACACAGCCAUGUUCAGCAAGAAAUUGUACACUGAAGACUGGGACGCCGACAAGAGUUUGUUUUACCCAUAUAACGAUAGCCCAGAGCUGAGAAGGGUCGCCCAAGCCCAGAAAGCUCUCAGUGAUAUUGCCUACAAAAAAGGUCUGGCUGAACAGCAAGCUCAGUUCACAUCUCUGCCAGAUCCUCCAGAUAUAGAAUUUGCCAAGAAAGUGACCAAUCAAGUGAGCAAGCAAAAAUACAAGGAAGACUAUGAAAAUAAAGUCAAAGGCAAAUGGAGUGAGACGCCUUGCUUUGAAGUUGCAAACGCCAGAAUGAAUGCUGAUAACAUGAGCACAAGGAAAUACCAGGAAGACUUUGAGAAUAUGAAAGACCAGAUCUACUUCAUGCAGACUGAAACCCCAGAGUACAAAGUGAAUAAACAAGCUGGGCUGGCAGCUAGCAAGGUAAAAUACAAAGAAGACUAUGAAAAGAAAAAGGGAAAAGCAGAUUAUAAUGUGCUUCCUGCUUCAGAGAACCCGCUGCUCAGGCAGCUGAAGGCGGCAGGAGAGGUCUUGAGUGAUAAACUGUACAAGGAAAACUAUGAAAAGACAAAGGCAAAGAGCAUAAAUUACUGCGAGACCCCCAAAUUUCAGCUUGAUACAGUUCUGCAGAACUUCACUAGUGAUACUAAAUACAAAGAUGCCUAUGUAAAGGAUAUUUUGGGACAUUACGUAGGCAGCCCUGAGGAUCCAUAUCAUGCACACUGCAUGAAAAUUGCAGCUCAAAACAGUGACAAAAACUACAAAGCAGAAUAUGAAGAGGACAGAGGCAGAGGCUUCUUCCCCCAGACCAUAACUCAAGAAUAUGAAGCCAUGAAGAAACUAGAUAAGUGCAAAGACCAUGCCUACAAAGUCCAUCCAGAUAAGACAAAAUUCACUCAAGUUACUGACUCUCCUGUUCUGGUGCAGGCCCAAGUCAAUUCCAAGCAACUGAGCGAUCUCAAUUACAAAGCAAAACAUGAAAAUGAAAAAUUCAAGUGCCACAUACCUCCAGAUACCCCUGCCUUCAUCCAGCACAGAGUCAACGCGUAUAACCUGAGUGAUAAUGUUUAUAAGCAAGACUGGGAGAAGGACAAAGCCAAGAAGUUUGACAUCAAAGUGGACGCCAUUCCCCUGCUGGCAGCCAAAGCCAACAGCAGGAUCGCUAGCGAUGUGAUGUACAAGAAAGACUAUGAGAAAAGCAAAGGGAAAAUGAUCGGAGCCCUCAGCAUUAAUGACGAUCCCAAGAUGCUGCACUCUUUGAAGACGGCCAGAAACCAGAGUGAUAGAUUAUACAAGGAAAACUAUGAGAAGACAAAGGCAAAGAGCAUGAAUUACUGCGAGACCCCUAAAUACCAGCUGGAUACUGAGCUGAAGAACUUUAGUGAGGCUAGGUAUAAAGAUUGGUAUGUACAGAACAUGCUGGGACAUUAUGUAGGCAGCCCUGAGGACCCAUAUCAAGCGCACUGCAUGAAAGUUUCAGCUCAAAACAGUGACAAAAAUUACAAAGCAGAAUAUGAAGAAGACAAAGGGAAAUGCUAUUUCCCUCAGACAAUAACACAGGAAUAUGAAGCAAUCAAGAAGCUGGACCAGUGUAAAGAUCAUACCUACAAAGUUCAUCCGGAUAAGACCAAAUUCACUCCUGUCACUGAUACACCUGUACUGUUGCAAGCGCAGAGGAACACGAAACAGCUCAGCGAUCUGAGUUACAAAGCAAAACAUGAAGGUGAGAAGUUCAAAUGCAAUGUACCAGCAGAUGCUCCACAAUUUAUCCAACACAGAGUCAACGCUUAUAACCUGAGUGAUAAUGUUUAUAAGCAAGACUGGGAGAAGAGCAAGGCCAAGAAGUUUGACAUCAAAGUGGACGCCAUUCCCCUGCUGGCAGCCAAAGCCAACAGCAGGAUCGCUAGCGAUGUGAUGUACAAGAAAGACUAUGAGAAAAGCAAAGGGAAAAUGAUCGGAGCCCUCAGCAUUAAUGACGAUCCCAAGAUGCUGCACUCUUUGAAGACGGCCAGAAACCAGAGUGAUAGAUUAUACAAGGAAAACUAUGAGAAGACAAAGGCAAAGAGCAUGAAUUACUGCGAGACCCCUAAAUACCAGCUGGAUACUGAGCUGAAGAAUUUUAGUGAGGCUAGGUAUAAAGAUUGGUAUGUACAGAACAUGCUGGGACAUUAUGUAGGCAGCCCUGAGGACCCAUAUCAAGCACACUGCAUGAAAGUUUCAGCUCAAAACAGUGACAAAAAUUACAAAGCAGAAUAUGAAGAAGACAAAGGGAAAUGCUAUUUCCCUCAGACAAUAACACAGGAAUAUGAAGCAAUCAAGAAGCUGGACCAGUGUAAAGAUCAUACCUACAAAGUUCAUCCAGACAAGACCAAAUUCACUCCUGUCACUGAUACACCUGUACUGUUGCAAGCGCAGAGGAACACGAAACAGCUCAGCGAUCUGAAUUACAAAGCAAAACAUGAAGGUGAGAAGUUCAAAUGCAAUGUACCAGCAGAUGCUCCACAAUUUAUCCAACACAGAGUCAACGCUUAUAACCUGAGUGAUAAUGUUUAUAAGCAAGACUGGGAGAAGGACAAGGCCAAGAAGUUUGACAUCAAAGUGGACGCCAUUCCCCUGCUGGCAGCCAAAGCCAACAGCAGGAUCGCUAGCGAUGUGAUGUACAAGAAAGACUAUGAGAAAAGCAAAGGGAAAAUGAUCGGAGCCCUCAGCAUUAAUGACGAUCCCAAGAUGCUGCACUCCUUGAAGACGGCCAGAAACCAGAGCGAUCGUGAAUAUCGUAAAGACUAUGAAAAGUCAAAAACUAUCUACACAGCACCUCUUGAUAUGCUCCAAGUCACUCAAGCUAAGAAAUCUCAGGCAAUUGCCAGUGAUGUGGAUUAUAAGCACCUCUUACACGAUUACAGCUACCCGCCUGAUAGCAUCAACGUGGACCUCGCCAAGAAGGCUUACGCACUGCAGAGUGAUGUUGAAUACAAAGCUGACUACAACAGCUGGAUGAAAGGUUGUGGCUGGGUGCCUUUUGGGUCCUUAGAAAUGGAAAAGGCAAAGCGAGCCUCAGACAUCCUGAAUGAGAAAAAAUAUCGCCAACAUCCAGACACUCUCAAGUUUACCUCAAUUGAAGAUGCUCCAAUUAUAGUACAGUCUAAAAUUAACCAGGCACAGAGGAGUGACAUUGCCUACAAAGCCAAAGGAGAGGAAAUUCUUCACAAAUAUAACCUGCCAGUGGACCUGCCCCAGUUCAUUCAGGCUAAAGUCAAUGCCUACAAUAUCAGUGAGAAUAUGUACAAAGCUGACUUGAAAGAUCUGACCAAGAAGGGAUAUGACCUGAGAACUGACGCGAUUCCCAUCAAAGCCGCCAAAGCUGCCAGACAGGCGGCAAGUGACGUUCAGUACAAAAAAGAUUAUGAAAAAGCCAAAGGGAAAAUGGUUGGCUUCCAAAGUCUCCAAGAUGAUCCUAAACUAGUUCAUUAUAUGAAUGUGGCCAAGAUACAAUCAGACCGCGAGUAUAAAAAAGACUAUGAGAAGACAAAGACGAAACACAACACACCCCAUGAUAUGUUCAACAUUGUGGCAGCUAAGAAAGCUCAGGAUGUUGCCAGCAAUGUCAACUAUAAGCACUCACUCCAUCAUUACACGUACCUCCCUGAUGCCAUGGACCUGGAGUUAUCUAAAAACAUGAUGCACCUACAGAGUGAUAACGCCUACAAGGAAGAUUACAACACCUGGAUGAAAGGCAUAGGCUGGAUACCUAUCGGCAGUCUGGAUGCAGAAAAAGUUAAAAAGGCAGGUGAUGCCCUGAAUGAAAAGAAGUAUAGGCAACAUCCCGACACCCUCAAAUUUACCAGCAUCGUGGACUCUCCGGUUAUGGUCCAGGCAAAACAGAACACGAAGCAAAUCAGUGAUAUUUUAUACAAAGCUAAAGGAGAAGAUGUGAAACAUAAAUUUACUAUGAGUUCUGAUCUUCCUCAGUUUCUCCAGGCCAAGUGCAAUGCUUACAAUAUAAGUGAUGUCUGUUAUAAGCGGGACUGGCAUGAUCUAAUAGCCAAGGGCAACAAUGUGCUGGGAGACGCUAUUCCCAUCGCUGCAGCCAAAGCCUCAAGAAACAUUGCCAGUGAUUAUAAAUACAAGGAAGCUUAUGAGAAGUCAAAGGGAAAGCACGUGGGUUUUAGAAGCCUUCAGGAUGAUCCCAAGCUGGUCCACUACAUGAAUGUGGCAAAGUUGCAGUCUGACCGUGAAUACAGGAAGAAUUACGAGAACACCAAAACCAGCUACCAUACCCCUGGGGACAUGGUUAGCAUUACAGCUGCAAAGAUGGCCCAGGAUGUUGUCACCAAUGUCAACUACAAACAACCGAUCCAUGAUUACACAUACCUGCCUGAUGCCCUGAGCCUUGAGCAUACUAGGAAUGUGAAUCAGAUUCAGAGUGAUAAUGUGUAUAAAGACGAGUAUAACAACUUCUUCAAAGGCAUUGGAUGGAUCCCUAUUGGUUCUCUGGAGGUUGAGAAGGUCAGGAAAGCAGGUGAUGCCUUAAAUGAGAGGAAGUAUCGUCAGCACCCAGAUACCAUCAAGUUCACAAGUGUGCCUGAUUCCAUGGGCAUGGUUUUGGCUCGGCAGAACACAAAGCAGCUAAGUGAUUUGAACUACAAGGUAGAAGGGGAGAAACUGAAGCACAAGUACACUAUGGACCCCGAAUUGCCUCAGUUUAUUCAAGCCAAAGUCAAUGCCCUCAAUAUGAGUGAUGCUCAUUAUAAAGCAGACUGGAAGAAAACCCUUGCUAAGGGCUGUGUUUUAGGAUCAGAUGCCAUACCAAUUGUUGCUGCAAAAAGUUCAAGGAAUAUUGCCAGUGAUUUCAUAUAUAAGGAGGCUUACGAGAAAGCCAAAGGCAAGCAAAUUGGAUUCCUCAGUCUUCAGGAUGAUCCUAAACUGGUUCACUACAUGAAUGUAGCCAAAAUACAGUCCGAUCGUGAAUACAAAAAGGGUUAUGAAGCCAGCAAGACCAGGUAUCACACACCCUUGGAUAUGCUCAGUGUGACAGCAGCCAAGAAAUCUCAGGAGGUCGUCACCAACACCAACUACAGGCAGCCCUUCCACAGCUACACCCUGCUGCCUGAUGCCUUGAAUGUGGAGCACUCCAGGAACGCGAUGCAGAUCCAGAGUGACAAUCUAUACAAAUCUGACUUCAACUGGAUGAAGGGGAUCGGCUGGAUACCAAUCCAGUCGCUGGAGGUGGAGAAGGUGAGGAAAGCAGGAGAUAUCCUCAGUGAGAAAAAAUAUCGGCAGCAUCCUGAGAAGCUGAAGUUCACGUAUGCCAUGGACACAAUGGAACAAGCCCUUAACAAGAGUAACAAACUGAUCAUGGAUAAGAGACGCUACACUGACAAGUGGAACAAAGACAAGACCACUAUUCACGUGAUGCCUGAUACCCCAGACAUUCUACUCUCCAGAAUGAACCAGAUCACGAUGAGUGAUAAACUGUACAAAGCUGGCUGGGAAGAAGAAAAGAAGAAAGGCUAUGACAUGACGCCUGAUGCCAUCCCGAUAAAGGCUGCCAAAGCCUCUCGGGACAUUGCCAGCGACUACAAAUAUAAGCAAGCCUAUGAACAAACCAAAGGAAAACACAUUGGCUUCCGGAGCCUAGAGGACGACCCCAAGUUGGUACACUUCAUGCAGGUGGCCAAGAUGCAGUCAGACCGGGAAUACAAGAAGGGAUAUGAGAAAUCCAAGACAUCCUUCCACACCCCGGUGGACAUGUUAAGUGUGGUGGCAGCCAAGAAGUCUCAGGAAGUGGCCACCAACACUAACUACAGGAACCUGAUCCAUACCUACAACAUGCUUCCUGAUGCCAUGAGCUUCGAACUAGCCAAAAAUAUGAUGCAGAUUCAAAGUGAUAAUCAGUACAAAGCUGACUAUGCUGAUUUCAUGAAGGGCAUUGGAUGGCUCCCUCUGGGCUCCCAGGAGGCUGAGAAAAACAAGAAAGCCAUGGAGAUUAUUAGUGAAAAGAAGUACCGCCAACGCCCAGACACUUUGAAGUAUUCCUCAUUGAUGGACUCAAUGAACAUGGUUUUGGCUCAAAAUAAUGCAAAAAUUAUGAAUGAACACCUCUAUAAACAAGCAUGGGAGGCUGACAAGACCAAAGUCCACAUCAUGUCUGAUAUCCCCCAGAUUAUUCUGGCAAAGGCAAAUGCAAUUAACAUGAGUGAUAAACUCUACAAGCUUUCUUUGGAAGAGGCUAAAAAGAAAGGCUGUGAUCUCAGAGCUGACGCAAUUCCUAUCAAAGCUGCCAAGGCUUCAAGAGAUAUUGCAAGUGAUUAUCAAUACAGACACAAUUAUGAAAAGGAGAGGGGCAAAAUGGUUGGCUUCCGCAGUCUUGAGGAUGACCCCAAAUUAGUCCAUUCCAUGCAAGUGGCUAAGAUGCAAUCUGAUCGAGAGUACAAGAAGAACUAUGAGAAGACGAAGACCAGCUACCACACCCCUGCCGACAUGCUCAGUGUCACAGCCGCCAAGGAUGCUCAAGCCAAUAUCACCAACACCAACUACAAGCACCUGAUUCACAAGUACAUCCUUCUUCCAGAUGCCAUGAACAUUGAGCUGACCAGGAAUAUGAACCGCAUACAGAGUGAUAAUGAAUAUAAACAGGACUACAAUGAAUGGUACAAAGGGCUUGGCUGGAGUCCAGCUGGUUCUCUAGAAGUGGAGAAGGCCAAGAAAGCAACUGAAUAUGCCAGUGAUCAGAAAUACCGCCAGCACCCUAGCACCUUCCAGUUUAAGAAGCUGACCGACUCCAUGGACAUGGUUCUUGCCAAACAGAACGCACAUACCAUGAACAAGCACUUAUACACCAUUGACUGGAACAAAGAUAAAACCAAGAUUCAUGUGAUGCCAGAUACACCAGAUAUUUUACAAGCCAAGCAGAAUCAAAUCCAGUACAGUGAGAAACUUUAUAAACUUGGAUGGGAAGAAGCUUUGAAGAAAGGCUAUGACCUUCCACUUGAUGCAAUUUCUGUGCAGGCAGCCAAAGCUUCAAGAGACAUUGCUAGUGAUUUUAAAUACAAACAAGGUUAUCGCAAGCAACUCGGCCACCAUAUUGGAUUCCGGAGUCUGCAAGAUGAUCCAAAGCUUGUGUUGUCCAUGAAUGUAGCCAAAAUGCAGAGUGAAAGAGAAUACAAGAAGGACUUUGAGAAGUGGAAAACCAGGUACACCAGCCCAGUGGACAUGUUGGGAGUGGUGCUGGCCAAGAAAUGUCAGGCCUUGGUCAGUGAUGUGGACUAUAAGAAUUACCUGCACCAGUGGACAUGCCUGCCCGACCAGAACGAUGUUAUUCACGCUAAAAAAGCUUAUGAACUACAGAGUGAGAAUAUUUAUAAGUCUGACCUUGAGUGGCUGAAAGGCAUAGGAUGGAGUCCCCUGGGUUCUUUGGAGGCAGAAAAGAACAAGAAAGCUUCGGAAAUCAUUAGUGAGAAGAAAUAUCGCCAGCCUGCAGACCAAAACAAGUUCACCAGCAUUCCUGAUGCCAUGGACAUAGUUCUGGCAAAGACAAAUGCCAAAAAUAGGAGUGAUAGACUUUAUAGAGAAGCUUGGGACAAAGACAAGACUCAAGUCCACAUCAUGCCUGAUACACCUGACAUUAUUUUGGCUAAAGCAAACUUAAUCAAUACAAGUGAUAAACUCUACCGAAUGGGUUAUGAGGAGCUGAAGAAAAAAGGUUAUGAUCUUCCACUUGAUGCCAUACCCAUCAAAGCAGCCAAAGCAUCCCGAGAAAUUGCCAGUGAAUACAAGUACAAGGAAGGUUUUCGCAAGCAGCUUGGCCACCACAUUGGAGCCCGGGACAUCAAAGAUGACCCCAAGAUGAUGUGGUCCAUGCAUGUGGCCAAGAUCCAGAGUGACAGGGAGUACAAGAAGGACUUUGAGAAGUGGAAGACCAAGUUCAGCAGCCCAGUGGACAUGCUGGGGGUGGUCCUGGCCAAGCAGUGCCAGACCUUAGUCAGUGAUGUGGACUAUAAGAACUACCUGCAUGAGUGGACGUGCCUGCCCGACCAGAACGACGUCAUCCACGCUCGGCGGGCCUACGACCUCCAGAGCGACAAUUUGUACAAGGCCGACCUUCAGUGGCUCAAAGGCAUUGGCUGGCUACCUAGUGGCUCUCUUGAGGAUGAGAAAAACAAGAGAGCAACCCAGAUUUUGAGUGACCACGUUUACCGUCAGCACCCAGAUAAAUUCAAGUUUUCCAGCCUUAUGGACUCCAUCCCGAUGGUUUUGGCAAAAAAUAAUGCUAUUACCAUGAACCACCGCCUCUAUACAGAAGCUUGGGAUAAAGAUAAAACCACUGUCCACAUUAUGCCAGAUACCCCUGAAGUUUUACUGGCUAAACAAAACAAAAUAAAUUACAGCGAGAAACUAUAUAAACUUGGUCUAGAAGAAGCCAGGAAUAAAGGCUGUGAUAUGCGGUUAGAUGCCAUUCCCAUCAGAGCUGCCAAGGCCUCCAGAGAUAUUGCAAGCGAGUUCAAGUACAAAGAAGGCUAUCGUAAGCAGCUCGGCCAUCACAUUGGUGCCCGAGCGAUACAUGACGACCCUAAGAUGAUGUGGUCCAUGCAUGUGGCCAAGAUCCAGAGUGACAGGGAGUACAAGAAGGACUUUGAGAAGUGGAAGACCAAGUUCAGCAGCCCAGUGGACAUGCUGGGGGUGGUCCAGGCCAAGCAGUGCCAGACGUUAGUCAGUGAUGUGGACUAUAAGAACUACCUGCACGAGUGGACGUGUCUGCCCGACCAGAACGACGUUAUCCACGCUCGGCGGGCCUACGACCUCCAGAGCGACAACAUGUACAAGUCUGAUCUCCAGUGGCUGAAGGGCAUCGGCUGGGUUCCCAUCGGCUCUUUGGAUGUGGAAAAAUGCAAAAGGGCAACUGAAAUUCUGAGUGAUAAAAUCUACCGCCAGCCUCCAGACAAGUUCAAAUUUACCAGUGUAACUGAUUCUCUGGAGCAAGUGUUGGCCAAGAAUAAUGCCAUCAACAUGAACAAGCAUUUAUACACGGAAGCCUGGGACAAAGACAAGACCCAGAUCCACAUCAUGCCAGACACACCAGAAAUUAUGUUAGCAAGAAUGAACAAAAUCAACUACAGUGAGACUCUGUAUAAACUUGCCAACGAAGAAGCAAAGAAGAAAGGCUAUGACUUGCGAAGCGAUGCCAUCCCGAUCGUGGCAGCCAAGGCCUCCAGGGACAUCGCCAGUGAUUACAAAUACAAAGAUGGGUACCGCAAGCAGCUCGGCCAUCACAUUGGAGCCCGGAACGUUAAUGAUGACCCCAAGAUGAUGUGGUCCAUACAUGCAGCCAAGAUCCAGAGUGACAGGGAGUACAAGAAGGACUUUGAGAAGUGGAAGACCAAGUUCAGCAGCCCAGUGGACAUGAUGGGGGUGGUCCAGGCCAAGAAGUGCCAGACGUUAGUCAGUGAUGUGGACUAUAAGAACUACCUGCACGAGUGGACGUGUCUGCCCGACCAGAACGACGUUAUCCAUGCUCGGCAGGCCUACGACCUCCAGAGCGACAAUGUUUACAAGUCUGAUCUCCAGUGGCUGAGAGGCCUUGGCUGGGUCCCCAUCGGGUCUGUGGAAGAGGUCAAGUGCAAGAGAGCUGCGGAGAUACUGAGUGACAACCUCUACCGCCAGCCCCCAGAGAAGCUGAAAUUUACCAGUGUAACUGACACCCCGGAGCAGGUGCUGGCCAGGAGCAAUGCCAUCAACAUGAACAAGCAUUUAUACACAGAAGCCUGGGAUAAAGACAAGACUCAAGUUCAUAUAAUGCCUGACACCCCGGAGAUCAUGUUGGCAAGGCAGAACAAGGUCAACUACAGUGAGACUCUGUAUAAACUUGCCAACGAAGAAGCAAAGAAGAAAGGCUAUGACUUGCGGAGCGAUGCCAUCCCGAUCGUGGCAGCCAAGGCCUCCAGGGACAUCAUCAGUGAUUACAAAUACAAAGAUGGUUACCGCAAGCAGCUCGGCCAUCACAUUGGAGCCCGGAACGUUAAUGACGACCCCAAGAUGAUGUGGUCCAUACAUGCAGCCAAGAUCCAGAGCGAGAGGGAGUACAAGAAGGACUUUGAGAAGUGGAAGACCAAGUUCAGCAGCCCAGUGGACAUGCUGGGGGUGGUCCAGGCCAAGAAGUGCCAGACGUUAGUCAGUGAUGUGGACUAUAAGAACUACCUGCACGAGUGGAUGUGUCUGCCCGACCAGAACGACGUCAUCCAUGCUCGGCGGGCCUACGACCUCCAGAGCGACAACAUUUAUAAAUCAGAUCUCCAAUGGCUGAGAGGCCUUGGCUGGGUCCCCAUCGGGUCUGUGGAAGAGGUCAAGUGCAAGAGAGCUGCGGAGAUACUGAGUGACAACCUCUACCGCCAGCCUCCGGAGAAGCUGAAAUUUACCAGUGUAACUGACACCCCGGAGCAGGUGCUGGCCAGGAGCAAUGCCAUCAACAUGAGCAAGCAUUUAUACACAGAAGCCUGGGAUAAAGACAAGACUCAAGUUCAUAUAAUGCCUGACACCCCGGAGAUCAUGUUGGCAAGGCAGAACAAGGUCAACUACAGUGAGACUCUGUAUAAACUUGCCAACGAAGAAGCAAAGAAGAAAGGCUAUGACUUGCGGAGCGAUGCCAUCCCGAUCGUGGCAGCCAAGGCCUCCAGGGACAUCAUCAGUGAUUACAAAUACAAAGAUGGUUACCGCAAGCAGCUCGGCCAUCACAUUGGAGCCCGGAACGUUAAUGACGACCCCAAGAUGAUGUGGUCCAUACAUGCAGCCAAGAUCCAGAGCGAGAGGGAGUACAAGAAGGACUUUGAGAAGUGGAAGACCAAGUUCAGCAGCCCAGUGGACAUGAUGGGGGUGGUCCAGGCCAAGAAGUGCCAGACGUUAGUCAGUGAUGUGGACUAUAAGAACUACCUGCACGAGUGGACGUGUCUGCCUGACCAGAACGACGUCAUCCACGCUCGUCAGGCCUACGACCUCCAGAGCGACAACAUUUAUAAAUCAGAUCUCCAGUGGCUGAGAGGCCUUGGCUGGGUCCCCAUCGGGUCUGUGGAAGAGGUCAAGUGCAAGAGAGCUGCGGAGAUACUGAGUGACAACCUCUACCGCCAGCCUCCGGAGAAGCUGAAAUUUACCAGUGUAACUGACACCCCGGAGCAGGUGCUGGCCAGGAGCAAUGCCAUCAACAUGAGCAAGCACUUAUACACAGAAGCGUGGGAUAAUGACAAGACCCAAAUCCACAUUAUGCCUGACACACCUGAAAUUAUGUUGGCAAGAAAAAAUAAAAUAAAUUACAGUGAGAACUUCUAUCGCCAGGCUAUGGAAGAGGCCAAGAAAGAAGGCUGUGACUUCAGAAGUGACGCCAUUCCCAUUGUGGCUGCCAAGGCCUCCCGGGACAUUGCUAGUGAUUACAAAUACAAAGAAGCUUAUCGCAAGCAGCUGGGUCACCACAUUGGCGCCCGAAAGGUGCAAGAUGACCCCAAGAUUAUGUGGUCCAUCCACAUUGCCAAAGUCCAGAGUGACCGUGAGUACAAGAAAGAAUUUGAGAAGUACAAGACCAGGUACAGCAGCCCAGUGGACAUGCUUGGUAUCGUUUUGGCCAAGAAAUGUCAGACCUUAGUCAGUGACGUGGACUAUAAGCAUCCUUUGCAUGAGUGGACCUGCCUGCCUGACCAGAACGACGUCAUCCAGGCUCGGAAAGCUUAUGACCUCCAGAGUGAUAAUUUGUAUAAGUCAGACCUUGAAUGGCUGAAAGGCAUUGGCUGGGUUCCGAUUGGCUCCUUCGAAGUUCUGAGAGCCAAGAGAGCCGCAGAGAUCCUGAGUGAUAAUAUCUACCGCCAGCGACCAGAGACACUGAAAUUUACCUGCGUAACUGACACUCCAGAGCAGGUGCUGGCAAAAAGCAAUGCUAUAAACAUGAAUAAGCGACUGUAUACUGAAGCCUGGGACAAUGAUAAGAAAACAAUUCAUGUCAUGCCUGAUACACCAGAAAUCAUGCUAGCCAAACUCAACCGAAUAAACUACAGUCAUAAACUCUAUAGACUUGCUUUGGAAGAGUCCAGGAAGGAAGGCUGUGACUUACGUUUGGACGCUAUUCCAAUCCAAGCAGCCAAGGCUUCAAGAGAGAUUGCUAGUGAUUACAAGUACAAGGAAGGCUACCGCAAGCAGCUCGGCCACCACAUUGGGGCCCGUAAGAUUGAGGAUGACCCCAAGAUGAUGUGGUCUAUCCAUGCGGCCAAGAUCCAGAGCGAGAGGGAGUACAAGAAGGACUUUGAGAAGUGGAAGACCAAGUUCAGCAGCCCAGUGGACAUGAUGGGGGUGGUCCAGGCCAAGAAGUGUCAGGUCCUUGUAAGCGACAUAGACUACAAGCAUCCCCUACACGAAUGGACCUGUCUGCCCGAUCAGAAUGACAUCAUUCAGGCUCGGAAGGCCUACGACCUUCAGAGUGACGCUAUUUACAAGGCUGAUCUUGAGUGGCUGAGAGGCAUUGGAUGGGUGCCCAUUGGUUCUGUACAGGUGGAGCAUGUGAAGAGAGCUGGAGAUAUCCUGAGUGAGAGAAAGUACCGCCUGCCUGCAGAGCAGCUCAAAUUCACAUGCAUUACAGACACCCCAGAGAUUGUCCUGGCAAAAAAUAAUGCCCUGACAAUGAGCAAGCAUUUAUAUACAGAAGCUUGGGAUACUGAUAAAACCUCCAUCCAUGUAAUGCCGGACACCCCAGGAAUCAUUCUGGCCAAGACCAAUUCUGCCAAUAUCAGCCAAAAACUUUACACCAAGGGAUGGGAUGAAUCAAAGAUGAAGGACUAUGAUCUGAGAGCUGAUGCUAUUUCCAUCAAAAGUGCUAAGGCUUCGAGGGACAUUGCCAGUGACUACAAAUAUAAAGAAGCAUAUGAGAAACAGAGAGGCCACCACAUUGGAGCCCGGCGCGUUGAGGAUGACCCCAAGAUUAUGUGUGCCAUACACGCAGGGAAGAUUCAAAGUGAAAGGGAGUACAAGAAGGAUUUCCAGAAGUGGAAGACCAAGUUCAGCAGCCCAGUGGACAUGUUAGGCAUCUUGCUGGCCAAGAAAUGUCAGAUUCUUGUCAGUGACAUUGAUUAUCGGAACUACCUGCAUCACUGGACAUGCUUACCCGACCAAAAUGACAUUAUCCAAGCCAAGAAGGCCUACGAUCUUCAGAGUGACAGUGUGUAUAAAGCAGACCUGGAAUGGCUGCGCGGCAUUGGCUGGAUGCCAGAAGGCUCCGUAGAAAUGAACAGGGUGAAGGUUGCUCAAGACCUGAUAAAUGAAAGACUCUAUAGAACACGGCCAGAAGCCUUGACGUUCACCUCCAUUGUUGACACCCCAGAAGUUGUCCUGGCAAAAGCUAAUUCUCUGCAAAUGAGUGAGAAACUAUAUCAAGAAGCAUGGAAUAAAGAUAAAGCCAACAUCAGCAUUCCUCCUGACACACCAGUCAUGCUACAGGCCCACAUCAAUGCCUUGCAGAUCAGCAAUAAACUCUACCAGAAAGACUGGGAUGAAGCCAAACAGAAAGGCUAUGACAUAAAGGCAGAUGCCAUUGAAAUCAAACGUGCCAAAGCCUCCAGAGAAAUUGCCAGCGAGUACAAAUACAAAGAAGGUUACCGUAAGCAACUGGGCCACCAUGUGGGUUUCCGUACCCUACAAGAUGACCCCAAAUUGGUAUGGUCUAUACAUGCUGCCAAGAUCCAGAGUGACAGAGAAUACAAGAAAGCUUAUGAGAAGUCUAAAGGAAUUCACAAUACACCAUUGGACAUGAUGUCAAUUGUCCAGGCCAAGAAAUGCCAGGUCCUGGUUAGCGACAUUGAUUAUCGCAAUUAUCUGCACCAGUGGAUAUGUCUGCCGGAUCAGAAUGAUGUGAUCCAAGCUAAGAAAGCCUACGAACUGCAGAGCGAUAAUGUGUACAAGUCAGACCUGGAGUGGUUGAAGGGUAUAGGAUGGUUGCCAGAGGGCUCUGUGGAAGUGAUGAGAGUGAAGAAUGCUCAGAACCUCUUGAAUGAAAGAUUGUAUCGUAUAAGGCCAGAGGCCCUCAAAUUCACCAGCAUUGCUGAUACCCCUGAAAUCAUCAUGGCAAAGAUCAACUCUGUACAGAUCAGUGAGCCAUUGUAUCGCGAUGCCUGGGACAAAGAGAAGGCUAAUGUGAAUGUGCCACCUGACACCCCACUGAUGCUGCAGUCCAAGAUCAACUCCAUACAGAUCAGCAAUAAAAAAUAUCAGCAAGCUUGGGAAGAUGUCAAGAUGACAGGUUAUGACCUGCGAGCAGAUGCCAUAGGUUUCCAACGUGCCAAAGCUUCCAGGGAUAUUGCCAGUGAUUAUCUGUACAAAAAUGCUUAUGAGAAACAAAAAGGCCAUUAUAUUGGAUGUCGCAAUGCCAAAGAAGACCCUAAACUGGUCUGGGCAGCAAAUGUGUUGAAGAUGCAGAAUGAUAGGCUGUACAAAAAGGUCUACAAUGACCACAAGGCCAAGAUCACCAUCCCAGUAGACAUGGUGUCCAUCAGUGCUGCCAAAGAAGGCCAGGCAUUAGCAAGCGAUGUGGACUAUCGCCAGUACCUGCACCAGUGGUCUUGCUUUCCCGACCAGAAUGAUGUGAUCCAAGCCAGGAAAGCCUAUGACCUGCAGAGUGAUGCCAUCUACAAAGCCGACUUGGAGUGGUUGCGUGGCAUUGGCUGGAUGCCCGAAGGGUCUCCUGAGGUACUGAGAGUCAAAAAUGCCCAGAAAAUCUUAGUAGACAGUGUGUAUCGGACACCUGUGGUGAAUCUCAAGUACACAAGUAUCGCUGACACACCUGACGUUAUCCUUGCCAGAUCUAAUGCUGAAAAUAUUAGUAUUCCAAAGUACAGAGAAGUUUGGGACAAGGAUAAAACUUCAGUCCACAUAAUGCCAGAUACUCCAGAAUUCAAUCUCGCUAGAGCCAACGCUCUUAAUGUGAGCAAUAAAAUCUACCGCGAAGGUUGGGAUGAAAUAAAGAUGAGCUGCGAUGUGCGGCUGGAUGCCAUCCCUAUCCAGGCUGCCAAGGCCUCCAGGGAGAUUGCCAGUGAUUAUAAGUACAAGCUUGACCAUGAGAAGCAGAAGGGACACUACGUGGGUGCCCCCACAGCCAGAGAUGACAACAAGAUCCGGUGGGCCCUCAUAGCUGGCAAGAUUCAGAAUGAAAGAGAGUACCGCCUGCAAUGGGCCAAAUGGAAGACCAAGUUCCAAAGCCCUGCAGAUAUGCUUUCCAUCUUGCAAUCUAAAAAAUGCCAGACGCUGGUCAGCGACAUUGAUUAUCACAAUUACCUGCACGAGUGGACGUGCUUACCUGACCAGAAUGACGUGAUUCAGGCCAAGAAAGCCUACCAGCUGCAAAGCGACGCUGUUUACAAAGCCGACUUAGAAUGGUUACGCGGGAUCGGGUGGAUGCCAAAUGAUUCUGUUUCCGUCAAUCACGCUAAACAUGCUGCGGAUAUCUUCAGUGAGAAAAAAUAUCGCACAAAAAUAGAAACUCUAGACUUUACUCCUGUGGAUGACAGAGUUGAUUAUGUGACGGCAAAGCAAAGUGGUGAGAUCCUGAAUGAUAUUAAAUACCGGAAACACUGGCAUGACACCAAAUCAAAGUACACCCUCACAGAAACCCCUCUGCUGCACAUGGCCCAGGAGGCAGGUCGGAUAUUGGACCAGUAUCUCUACAAGGAAGGCUGGGAGAAGCAAAAAGCCACAGGUUAUAUUUUGCCUCCAGAUGCUGUGCCUUUCGUUCAUGCCCAUCACUCCAGUGACGUUCAGAGUGAGCUCAAAUACAAAGCCGAACACGUAAAGCAAAGAGGUCAUUACGUGGGUGUUCCAACGAUGAGAGAUGAUCCUAAACUGGUUUGGUUUGAGCACGCAGGCCAGAUUCAGAAUGACAGACUGUACAAAGAGGACUAUCAUAAAACAAAGGCCAGAAUCCACAUACCUGCUGAUAUGGUGUCGGUGCUGGCUGCCAAGGAGGGGCAGGCCCUUGCCAGUGGUAUUGAUUACCGUAAUUACCUGCACCAGUGGACGUGCCACCCUGACCAAAAUGAUGUCAUCCAGGCAAGGAAGGCCUACGACCUACAGAGCGAUAAUGUCUACAGAGCUGACCUGGAGUGGCUCCGAGGCAUUGGCUGGAUGCCCCUGGAUUCUGUGGACCACGUGAGGGUUACGAGGAACCAGGAAAUGGUGAAUCAGAUAAAAUAUAAGAAAGAUGCUCUUGACAACUAUCCUAACUUUACAAGUGUGGUGGAUCCCCCAGCAAUUGUUUUGGCUAAGAUUAACUCAGUCAAUCAAAGUGAUGUAAAAUAUAAAGAAACAUUUAAUAAACUAUUAAAGGGCAAGUAUACAUUUUCUCCAGAUACACCACAUAUCACUCACUCCAGAGACAUGGGAAAACUCUAUAGUACCAUACUGUACAAAGGCGCAUGGGAGGGAACCAAGGCCUACGGCUACACCCUGGAUGAGCGCUAUAUUCCCAUUGUUGGAGCCAAGCAUGCUGACUUGGUGAACAGUGAGCUUAAAUACAAAGAGACCUAUGAGAAGCAGAAGGGUCACUACCUGGCUGGAAAAGAAAUAAGUGAGUUCCCUGGUGUAGUUCACUGCCUGGAUUUCCAAAAGAUGAGGAGUGUGCUGAACUACAGAAGAGAUUAUGAGGACACCAAAGCAAAUGUUCAUAUCCCCAAUGAUAUGCUGAAUCACGUGCUGGCCAAAAGGUGCCAGUACAUCCUCAGUGACCUGGAGUACCGACACUACUUCCACCAGUGGACGUCUCUCCUGGAAGAACCCAGUGUUACACGGGCCAGAAACGCGCAGGAGAUCUUGAGUGAUAAUGUGUAUAAAGAUGACUUGAACUGGCUGAAGGGCAUUGGGUGCUACGUCUGGGAUACACCACAGAUCCUCCAAGCCAAGAAAGCAUAUGACCUCCAGAGCCAGAUACAAUACACAGCAGGAGGUAAAGAAAAUCUACAAAAUUAUAACCUGGUCACUGAUACCCCACUGUAUGUGACUGCUCAUCAGAGCGGCAUUAAUGCCAGUGAGGUGAAAUAUAAGGAAAAUUAUCAUCAGAUUAAAGACAAAUAUACAACAGUUCUCAAAACAGUGGAUUAUGACAGAACCAAGAACCUGAAGAAUCUGUAUAGCAGUAACCUGUACAAGGAGGCCUGGGAUAAAGUAAAAGCUACCAGCUACAUCCUGUCUUCCAACACCAUGUCCAUGAGACAUGCCAAGAACCAGAAGCAUCUAGCCAGCAAUAUCAAAUAUCGGGAAGAAUAUGAAAAGUUCAAAGCUCUUUACACUUUACCAAGAAGUGUUGAAGAUGAUCCAAACACAGCUCGGUGUCUCAGAGUUGGCAAGUUUAACAUUGAUCGCCUGUACAGAUCGGUUUAUGAAAAGAACAAGAUGAAAAUCCACAUUGUGCCUGACAUGGUAGAGAUGGUUACUGCCAAGGACACUCAGAAGAAAGUCAGUGAGGUCGAUUACCGCCUACACCUCCAUGAGUGGAUUUGCCACCCUGACUUGCAAGUCAACAGUCACGUCAGAAAAGUCACAGAUCAGAUCAGCGAUAUUGUGUACAAGGAUGACCUCACCUGGCUGAAAGGCAUUGGCUGCUACAUCUGGGACACUCCUGAAAUUCUCCAUGCCAACCACGCAUAUGAUAUACGCAAUGAUAUCAAGUACAAAGCUCAUGCACAGAAAACCAUGAAUGACUACAAGUUGGUCACUGACACUCCAGUCUACGUCCAGGCUGUGAAAAGUGGGAAGCAACUAAGUGAUGCUGUCUACCACUACAACUACAUCCACAGUGUCAGAGGCAAAGUGGCUCCAACUACGAAAACUGUGGACCUGGACCGGGCCCUCCAUGCACACAAGCUCCAAGAUGAGAAUCUGUACCGAGGAGCUGGCCGCCGUGCCCUGCCUACUGGAUAUAGGCUUCCAGUUGACACCCGUCACUUCAAACACAGCAAGGACACCCGAUACAUGAGCAGUUAUUUCAAGUACAAAGAAGUUUAUGAACACAUCAAGGCCAAUGGGUAUACACUUGGCCCCAAUGAUGUUCCAUUUGUCAAUGUCCGGAGGGUCAACAAUGUUACCAGUGAGAGACUGUAUCGACAGUUGUACCACAAGCUGAAAGAUAAGAUUCACACAACUCCUGACACACCUGAAAUCCGCCAAGUCAAGAAGACACAAGAGGCUGUCAGUGAGUUGAUCUACAAAUCGGACUUCUUCAAGAUGCAAGGACACAUGAUCUCGAUGCCAUACACACCCCAAGUGAUCCAUUGCCGCUAUGUGGGAGACAUCACCAGUGAUAUUAAAUACAAAGAGGACUUGAGGGUCCUAAGGGGCCUGGGCUGCUUCCUGUAUGACACUCCCGACAUGGUCCGCUCCCGACACCUGAGGAAGCUCUGGUCUAAUUACCUGUACACCGAUCAUGCAAGGAAGAUUCGAGACAAAUACCAAGUGGUGCUUGACACUCCACAAUACAGAAAAGUGCAGGAACUGAAGACGCAUCUGAGUGAGCUGGUGUACAGAGCUACAGGCAGGAAGCAGAAGUCAAUCUUCACCUCUGUUCCUGAUACUCCUGAUCUCUUAAGAGCCAAACGAGGGCAGAAGCUUCAGAGUCAGUAUCUGUAUGUUGAACUUGCCACCAAAGAGAGACCCCAUCAUCAUGCCGGAAACCAGACCAGAGCCCUGAAACACGCUAAAGACGUGAAGGACAUGGUCAGCGAGACAAAGUACAAGAUUCAAUAUGAGAAGAUGAAGGACAAGUACACCCCAGUUCUAGAUACGCCAAUCCUCAUCAGAGCCAAGAAGGCUUACUGGAAUGCCAGCGAUCUACGCUACAAAGAAACAUUUCAAAAGACCAAAGGGAAAUACCACACUGUGAAGGAUGCUCUGGAUAUUGUUUAUCAUCGCAAAGUCACAGACGACAUCAGCAAAGUGAAAUACAAGGAGGCCUAUAUGAGUCAGCUGGGAAUCUGGACGUCCAUUCCUGACCGUCCUGAGCACUUCCACCAUCGGGCAGUCACUGAUGCAGUCAGCAAUAUAAAAUACAAGGAAGAUUGGACCUGGCUUAAAGGCAUUGGUUGUUAUGCCUAUGAUACCCCUGACUUCACUCUGGCUGAAAAGAACAAGACUCUCUAUAGCAAGUAUAAAUAUAAAGAAGUAUUCGAAAGGACAAAGUCAGAUUUCAAGUAUGUCCCAGAUUGUCCAAUCAAUAGGCAUUUCAAGUAUGCAACUCAAUUGAUGAAUGAGAAAAAAUACAGAUCUGAUUAUGAGAAGCGGAAAGAUAAAUACCACCUGGUAGUCGAUGAGCCUAGACAUCUGCUGGCUAAGAUCGCAGGCGACCAGAUCAGUCAGAAAAAAUAUAAAUCUAGUGCCAAGAUGUUUCUGCAACAUGGAUGUAAUGAAAUUCUUCGUCCAGACAUGUUGACUGCCCUCUACAACACACAUAUGUGGAGUCAGAUCAAAUACAGGAAAAACUAUGAAAAAUCAAAGGACAAAUUCACCUCGGUUGUGGACACCCCAGAACACUUGCGUACUACAAAAGUCAACAAACAGAUCAGUGAUAUACUUUAUAAGUUGGAAUACAACAAGGCCAGGCCCAGAGGCUACACCACCAUCCACGACACGCCCAUGCUGCUGCAUGUCCGAAAGGUCAAGGAUGAAGUCAGCGAUCUGAAAUACAAAGAAGUUUACCAAAGAAAUAAAUCCAACUGCACCAUUGUGCCCGACGCUGUCCAUAUCAAAGCAGCCAAGGAUGCCUACAAAGUCAACACCAAUCUGGACUACAAGAAGCUGUACGAAGCCAGCAAAGCCCAUUGGAGGUGGAUCCCCGACAGACCGGACUUCAUCCAGGCCGCCAAGUCAUCCCUGCAGCAAAGCAAUUUUGAAUAUAAGCUGGACCGAGAGUUCCUCAAGGGUUGCAAGAUUUCUGUCACUGAUGAUAAAGACAUGGUGCUGGCGCUGAAGAAUUCCUUAAUAGAAAGUGAUCUGAAAUACAAAGAAAAACACGUAAAGGAAAGAGGAACCUGUCAUGCUGUGCCUGACACUCCUCAGAUCCUCCUGGCAAAGACCGUCAGCAAGCUGGUGUCUGAGAACAAGUACAAGGACUACGUCAAGAAGCACUUGGCCCAGGGCUCAUACACAACACUGCCGGAGACCCGGGACACUGUUCACGUCAAGGAAGUGACCAAGCAUGUCAGUGAUACAAAUUACAAAAAGAAGUUUGUCAAGGAGAAAGGGAAGUCCAACUACUCCAUCAUGCUGGAGCCCCCGGAGGUGAAGCACGCUAUGGAGGUGGCCAAGAAGCAGAGUAACGUCGCUUACAAAAAAGACGCCAAAGAAAACCUGCAUUACACCACCGUGGCCGAUCGGCCAGACAUCAAGAAGGCCACACAGGCCGCCAAACAGGCCAGCGAGGUGGAGUACAGAGCCAAGCACCGCAAGGAAGGCAGCCAUGGGCUAAGCAUGCUCGGCCGCCCAGACAUUGAAAUGGCCAAGAAGGCCGCCAAGCUCAGCAGCCAGGUUAAAUACCGUGAAAAUUUCGACAAAGAGAAGGGCAAGACACCAAAAUACAAUCCCAGAGACAGCCAGCUCUACAAAGUCAUGCAAGAUGCUAACAAUCUUGCGAGCGAGGUUAAGUACAAGGCUGACCUGAAGAAACUCCACAGACCUGUGACUGACAUGAAGGAAUCCCUGAUAAUGAACCACGUCCUAAGUACAAGCCAACUUGCCAGCUCUUACCAGUACAAGAAGAAAUAUGAGAAGAGUAAAGGCCAUUACCACACCAUACCCGAUAAUCUGGAGCAGCUCCACCUAAAAGAGGCCACAGAGUUGCAGAGCAUAGUGAAAUACAAAGAAAAGUAUGAAAAGGAACGAGGAAAACCCAUGUUGGACUUUGAAACACCAACGUACAUCACCGCCAAGGAGUCUCAGCAGAUGCAAAGUGGGAAAGAAUAUAGGAAAGAUUAUGAAGAGACCAUUAAAGGCAGAAACCUGACUGGCCUGGAGGUCACACCAGCUUUAUUACAUGUCAAAUAUGCAACCAAAAUAGCCAGCGAGAAAGAGUACAGGAGAGAUCUGGAGGAAAGCAUCCGUGGGAAAGGUCUCAGUGAAAUGGAAGAUACACCUGACAUGCUAAGAGCAAAGAACGCCACUCAGAUCCUCAAUGAGAAAGAAUAUAAGAGAGACCUGGAGCUGGAAGUGAAAGGAAGAGGCCUGAAUGCCAUGGCCAACGAAACUCCUGACUUUAUGAGGGCCAAGAAUGCGACUGAUAUUGCCAGUCAGAUUAAGUAUAAGCAAUCAGCAGAAAUGGAAAAAGCCAAUUUCACUUCUGUGGUUGAUACUCCAGAAAUCAUUCAUGCCCAACAAGUUAAGAACCUUUCAAGCCAGAAAAAGUACAAGGAAGAUGCGGAGAAGUGCAUGUCGUAUUACGAGACCGUUUUGGACACCCCAGAGAUACAGCGAGUCCGGGAGAACCAGAAGAACUUCAGCCUUCUCCAGUACCAGUGUGACCUUAAAAACAGUAAGGGAAAAAUCACAGUUGUUCAAGACACACCAGAAAUACUGCGGGUUAAAGAAAAUCAAAAGAAUUUCAGCUCGGUUUUAUAUAAAGAGGACCUCUCACCAGGAACAGCAAUUGGAAAGACACCAGAGAUGCUGAGAGUGAAGCAAACACAGGACCACAUUAGCUCGGUGAAGUAUAAGGAAACAGUUGGACAAGGAACUCCAGUCCCUGACCUGCCUGAAGUAAAACGCAUCAAGGAGAUGCAGAAGCACAUCAGCUCGGUUAUGUACAAAGAAAAUCCAGGAACAGGCAUUCCAACCCCUGUCACUCCAGAGAUUGAGAGAGUGAAACGCAACCAAGAGAACUUCAGCUCGGUUUUGUACAAAGAAAAUUUGGGGAAAGGAACCCCAACCCCUGUCACUCCAGAGAUGGAGAGAGUCAAACGCAAUCAAGAGAACUUUAGCUCGAUUUUGUACAAAGAGAACUUGAGCAAGGGGACGCCCCUCCCUGUCACUCCUGAGAUGGAGCGAGUCAAACGCAAUCAAGAAAACUUUAGCUCGGUGUUGUACAAAGAGAACCUCGGGAAGGGCAUCCCAAUUCCCAUCACUCCAGAGAUGGAGAGAGUCAAACACAAUCAAGAAAACUUUAGUUCGGUGCUAUACAAAGAAAACCUGGGCACAGGAAUUCCAGUUGCCAGCACUCCUGAGAUGCAGAGAGUCAAAUACAAUCAAGAAAACCUUAGCUCGGUGCUAUACAAAGAAAACCUGGGCAAGGGAACCCCUUUACCUGUCACUCCAGAGAUGGAGAGAGUCAAACACAAUCAAGAAAAUAUUAGCUCGAUUUUGUACAAAGAGAAUGUGGGGAAAGCCACCCCAACCCCUGUCACUCCAGAGAUGCAGAGAGUCAAACGCAAUCAAGAGAACAUUAGCUCGGUGUUAUACAAAGAGAACCUGGGGAAAGCGACUCCCACACCCAUCACUCCUGAGAUGGAAAGAGUCAAACGCAAUCAAGAAAACUUUAGCUCGGUAUUGUACAAAGAGAAUAUGAGAAAAGCAACUUCGACACCUGUUACUCCAGAGAUGGAGAGAGCUAAGCGCAACCAAGAAAACAUUAGCUCGGUUCUUUACUCCGACAGCUUCCGGAAACAAAUACAAGGCAAAGCUGCCUACGUCUUGGACACCCCAGAGAUGAGGCGGGUGAGGGAGACCCAGCGCCACAUCUCAACGGUGAAAUACCACGAAGACUUCGAGAAACACAAGGGUUGCUUCACGCCAGUGGUGACGGACCCUAUCACUGAGCGAGUGAAGAAGAACACACAGGAUUUCAGUGACAUCAACUACCGAGGCAUUCAGAGAAAAGUGGUAGAGAUGGAACAAAAACGGAAUGACCAGGAUCAGGAGACUAUUACAGGUCUACGUGUCUGGCGUACUAAUCCUGGCUCAGUGUUUGACUAUGAUCCAGCAGAAGACAACAUUCAGUCCCGAAGCUUACACAUGAUUAAUGCCCAAGCUCAGCGCCGGAGCCGGGAACAGUCGCGGUCCGCCAGUGCGCUGAGCAUCAGUGGUGGCGAGGAGAAGUCUGAGCAUUCGGAAGCAGCCGACCACCACCUCUCCACCUACAGUGACGGGGGCGUCUUCUUCUCUGCAACCUCAGCAGCUUACAAACAUGCAAAAACCACAGAGCUCCCACAGCAACGCUCAUCUUCAGUUGCCACCCAACAGACAACAGUAUCCUCUAUCCCAUCUCAUCCAUCUACUGCUGGGAAAAUCUUCCGUGCCAUAUAUGACUAUAUGGCUGCUGAUGCAGACGAGGUGUCCUUCAGAGAUGGAGAUGCUAUUGUAAAUGUUCAAGCUAUUGAUGAAGGUUGGAUGUAUGGCACUGUACAGAGGACUGGCAGGACCGGCAUGCUCCCAGCCAACUACGUGGAAGCUAUUUAGGUAUUCCAAAGCAUCACACCUGCCUGGAGGACCUACAAAUCCUGCAGUCAGUAUUUCAGUUUAGACUCUCCAUUGUUAUCCAUGCUCUCAAUCUGCCUGUUUUUCUGUGUAUGAUUUAUAGUUGUACUGUCCCAUUUCUAUAUGAACCCCAAUACUUCACUGGAAAAGCAGAUGUUUGUAUCACUAAUCUGUCCAGUUAUUAAGCUAAAUUUACUUCAUUAUUUUUUGGACUUGCACAUUAAAUUUAAGAGACAUUAAAUCCAUAGGGUCAUUUUUUAAAUUGCCAUCAACUUUUCCUUUGGGUUUUAUAAUAAGCUUAAUUUCAGAAGACAUUUAAAAAUUUUCUGCAAUUAUUAUAUUGUUGCUGUAUCAACCCAGUCUUUCUGCAUUAUGAAAAUGUUAACAUUAUUUCUUUUCUAAAACAAGGAUUCUGAACAUUUAAACAAGAAAAAAAUAGUCACCUUUUCCUUGCUUACUGAAUGCUGAUGCUUUUAUUUCUACUCUAGUUCUUAAGUUAUUAAGCUUUUAGUCAAUAUAAACUGGUGAUAAGCUAUAACUAAUAAAAUCUGUAAUUCUGCAACAAACA